CGGUGACAGAGUCUCGGCGAUCAGAGCCGCUCAACACCUACAAAGGCUGUCAGCAGUGUCAGCUCUGUCAGCUCUCGCUGUGCGCGGUGCAUGGACGAUGAUCGCGUGCGCCUGAUAAACGCGGACAAAGCGCAGCUGAAGAGAGCAGCCGCGGUGUGUGCUGGUGGCGGUCGCGUAAUCAACUUCUCGGACGGCGCGCGCGGACCUACACCAUGCACGUCUGACCGCCGCAAGAUGCGCGCGGAUACGCAUUCGUUAUCAGUGAAACCAACGAGAUAGUUCCGAAUCCCGUGCGACGGCUUCGCAUUCACAUGAACGCGAGCGCGCCUCAGCGCUAAACAACCGCCAACGAGCACCAAGGUGAGGUAUCUGUCGUCAUCGCCGCUCAACCGUCGCGUCCGUCCACGAGAUGAUAGAGCGCACCUUCGGAAGCUCCAGCGGCACUUACAAUGUGCACGCGCUCGAACUCGCCGCCGAGCGCGGCCGCACACUCAAAGGAUUCGAUCUGAAGGUGCUCUUUCUCGACGACACCGAGCACGUCUUUCAUGUGGAGAAGCGCGCAAAGGGUCAGCAGUUGCUCGACCAAGUCUACCAGCACCUGGAGUUGGUGGAGAAGGAUUACUUUGGCCUACAAUACAGUGAGAAUGGCAGCACUCCCAUGAACAACAAACCUGAAUGCAUGCGUUGGUUGGAUUUGAAUAAAUCCAUCAAGAAACAACUUGGGGGUUGUGCUGAGAAAGUGCUACAUUUUCGCGUCAAGUUCUACGUAAAUGAUCCCAGUAAACUGCAGGAGGAAUACACGCGCUAUCAGUUCUACCUGCAGGUGCGGCGCGAUAUUCUCGAAUCGCGUUUGCAUCUACCGCCGUCCACGGCGUGUCUUUUGGCCAGCUACAUUGUUCAAUCUGAAUUGGGCGAUUAUCAACCUGACGAACACGCUGCCAAUUACCUAUCUAAUUUGAAACUUGUCCCCGGCCAAAACGAAGAUCUUGAACGCAAGAUUUCUGAACUACAUAAACUGCACAAGGGUCAACUACCAGCUGACGCAGAAUUCAACUUUUUAGACCACGCGAAACGCGUUGACAUGUACGGUGUUGAGUUACACCAAGCUAAGGAUAACCAUGACAAAGAAAUCUGCCUCGGCGUGACUUCCAUUGGACUAGUAGUGUUCCAAAACUGUGUUCGCAUCAAUACGUUCUCAUGGUCGAAGAUCAUGAAGAUCUCCUUCAAGCGUAAACGGUUCUUCAUUCAAUUACGCCGUGAAUUGUCGGAGAACUACGAUACGUUGCUGGGUUUUAACAUGGAGACGUACAGAUCGUCGAAGACGCUGUGGAAGGCGUGCGUGGAGCAUCACACGUUCUUUCGGCUGCACUCGCCGAAAGUCCGCCGUCGAUUUCCGCUUUCGCUGGGCUCGAAGUUUACGUACUCCGGGCGGACGGAGUUUCAGACCGUGGCGGAUGUUAAGCAACGCGGUAAACUCGAGAGGAAGUUUGUUCGAUCGCCUAGCAAAACUUUCAUCAAAGCAUCGCCUCCACCAGCAUUGGAAGACAAAGGUAAAAUUCUACCGGCACCAGCUCGUCCUCCACGCCCAUACGACAAUAAAGUGACAUCUCUCGGUUCGAAAGAGCCGAGAAAAGCCUGGGCGGAAAACACGCAUUUAUCUGACGACGAUGGCGGUUUCCUCGACUGCGCUAUCGAAGGCCCUUUCUCGCCUGGCCUAGCCGGUCGAGUGUUGAGCUACGCCGAUGAGGAACCCCCAUCACCGACCUCGAAUGGUCUGUACGACACCCCGCCGUACAGCGCCAGCCACUCGCCGGUCUCACAAAGCGCACCCGAUGAUGGCCUCGUCACCAUCGUCAUCUUCCCCGACGAGAUGGGCAAGUACGGCUUUAAUGUGAAAGGCGGCACGACGCGCGAUGUACCCAUAGUGGUCUCACGAGUCGCCACCAACACACCUGCGGAUAAAUGCAAUCCGCGACUCACCGAAGGCGAUCAAUUGUUGAUGAUCAACGGGCAGGAUGUUCUGCAUGCGUUGCACGCCGAUGUUGUUGCGAUCAUCCACGAGGCGCGUGACUUGAACGGUGGUAAACUUACACUUGUCGUGCGUCCGAACGCCCUCUAUGGUAUUGUCGAUGAAGAAUACGAAGAGCCACCCUAUCAAUAUGUACCCGUUGAUGAAAUUCUGCGCCCGCCAUCGCCGAGCAAUGCUUUGGAGCAAAGUAUUCUUCUGCUGGCGGACGGGCUGGGCAGUGGUGCGCUUAUCUCACAAUAUGAGUUAUUGUAUCGUAAACAUCCGGAUUUAACAUGCGAUGAAGCCGCCAAGCCGAAAAAUGUCAACAAGAAUCGUUAUCGCGACAUUUCACCUUAUGAUUCGACCAGAGUGAUUGUGAAUAACUCACCGACUGGGGAUUACAUUAACGCCAACUAUGUGAACAUGGUGAUAGCGAACAGCGAAGUCGUGAAUAACUACAUUGCAACGCAAGGUCCGCUCCAGAACACGAUUGAGGACUUUUGGCAGAUGGUGCUGGAAGGCGGCUGUGAUCUCAUCGUCAUGCUAACGACAGUCAUCGAACGCGGGCGAGCGAAAUGCGUAAAAUACUGGCCUAGUCUGAACGACACAUUGUCGCUCACCAAUGUUACGAUUAAAUGCACCGCAGAACAAACCGACGACUCGGGCAGUUUUGUGUUUAGGGAUUUUCUCCUCACCGACAAUAAGACGAACGACGAGCGCACCAUCCGCCAUAUGCAAUACGUAGCGUGGCCGGACCACGGCGUGCCCGACUCGCCGUCGCAGUUUCUCGCGUUCACCGAGCGCGUGCGUGAUGCACGACAGCGCUCCACUGGCUCACCACCGGUGGUCGUGCAUUGCAGCGCCGGCAUUGGUCGUACCGGCGUGCUCGUGCUCAUGGAGACUGCAAUGUGCCUUAUGGAAGCCGGCCAACCCGUCUAUCCACUCAGUAUUGUUCGCACCAUGCGCGAACAGCGCGCCAUGAUGAUCCAGAAUGCUAGUCAAUAUAAAUUCGUCUGCGAGAGCGUGCAUUCUGCAUACAUGCAGAAAGCCAUCUAGACCAAACCGUGGCGCGCAAGCGCACACACAUUCACAUGCAAAAUGUCCGUGGCCUCCGUCCCUCUUGUAACGAAAUCAACUGUCCCGUACUGAUAUUCUAAACAAAACACAAAACGGUUUACAGUCAAUACACCAAAUUGCAGAAGCGAGCAACGCGCAAGGUGCGUGGCUCGCAGGAGUGUUUUAUUAAAAUUUUCUAGUAGA